UUCCGGAGAUGCUGAUAUAGCGAGUAUGAGGGAGCUUGUCUCCGCAACAGCGGGCUGCGCGACGCUUUGCCGUGUUUACCCGCGUCUCUCGGAGGCGAUGAAGAGGGGAUAUCUGCUGCUGGACGCCGCGCUUCUCCCUGCUUAGCUUAGCUUAGCAUAGCUUAGCUAUCUUUACUUCACUUCUCCUGGCAGGUGCUGGUGUGUGUGUGAGCUGCUGCUGCUGCUGAGCGAACAGAGAAACAGAGACAGACUGAGCCCAAGUCUUCUUAGUACACUAGUAGCUCCACUGGAGGCUGCCUGACUCUGCUUCUGCCUCUGCCUGAUUCUGACUGCCUCAGUCCGGCGCUGGAUGGAUAGAUAGAUAGAUAGAUAGAUAGAUAGAUAGAUAGAUAGAUAGAUAGAUAGACAGGCGCACCGGCUCCUCCGCUCUGAACACGGAUAACUGAGAGAGAGAGAGAGAGAGAGGGGGAAAAACUGAACAAACAAACCCAAAAAUAAGGCUAAGAGGGAUUUAUAUGGUGAUUAGAAGUGUGCCGGUGCGGACCAGAUGGAGUGAGACUAACCUGGAAUGGCCACAAACCCGAGAAAAGGUUCCCUGCGCCGCGUCCCGCUCAGCCGAGAAGAUGUCUGAAUGAGCACAGUGGGGAGCCACCAGCCAUGGAAGAGAUGGACUGUAAACCCUACCAGCCACUGUCCAAGGCGCGGCGGGAGAUGGAGAUGUCGUACACCAGCUCGUCGGACGAAAGCGAGGACGGUCGGCGCCAAACCAAAUCCUACACGUCUCGCGAAACCCUGCCCGACUACGGCCAGGACGCCCGCCUCAACUACAACAGCCACAACAAGAGACAGACAACCUUCGGCAAGGAAGCGCAAGAGCUGGAGUUUAGCAAGCCAGUCCAGAUGGGGAGCGGAAGCUUUCCGGAGGAACUUCGCAGCGGCCCUAAGCUCAGCUACUCGCUGGGGCCGGGAUCGGACGUGGACGAGGAGGGGGAGGUGGACCCUUCGCCCAAUCACGUGCUUCACCUGUGGAUGCAGGAAGUGAAGUCAGAGCAGAGUUCCUGUCUCUCCAGCCGUGCCAACUCUGUGCUCUCUCUGACCGACACGGAGCAAGAGAGGAAGUCCGAUGGUGAGAAUGAGCCUCCCAGCAGUCCAGCCAGGCAGUUCACCUUCCGACCUCUGCCUCCGCCGCCUCCACCCCCACACGCCUGCACCUGCGCCCGCCCGGCGCCCUACGCCCACGUCACGCUGCAGAGAAACACCAUGCCCGUCCGCAGCCAGGCCAGCCAGGGCUCUGAACCAGGCGCCGGCCAACCAGACGGCUCCCAGAUCCACAAUAACUGGGUGCUGAACAGCAACAUCCCUCUGGAGACCAGGCACUUUCUAUUCAAGCACGGCUCCGGGUCCUCGGCCCUGUUGAGCGCGGCCAACCAGAACUACCCCCUCACCUCCAACACGGUUUACUCUCCGCCCCCGCGGCCGCUGCCCCGCAGCAACUUCUCCAGGCCCAUGUUCACCUUCAACAAGCCGUACAAGUGCUGCAACUGGAAGUGCACUGCCCUCAGCGCCACCGCCAUCACCGUCACUCUGGCCCUCCUACUCACCUACGUUAUUGCCGUGCACUUGUUCGGCCUGACGUGGCACCUGAAGGCGGCCGAGGCGCAGCUGUACGAGAACGGCGUCAGCAAACAAGACGCGGAGGCCAAGAUCGGCGCCAGCGCCGUCACCCCGCUGGACACGUACAGCAUGGACAAGAUCCACCAAGGUCCCAAAGGAGAGAAGUUCCAGCGUGGGCGCGCCAUAGACCGCGGCGAAGUGGACAUCGGGACCCAAGUGGUGCAGGUCAUCCCGCCCGGCCUCUUCUGGCGCUUCCACAUGGCCGUGCAUCAUCCCACCUACAUCAAGUUCAACCUGUCCCUCUCGCGAGACGCUCUGCUCGGCGUCUACGGCAGGAGGAACAUCCCACCCACUCACACGCAGUUCGACUUUGUGAAGCUGUUGGACGGGAAGCAGUUGAUCAAAUCGGAGGUGAAGGGUUCAGAGAGCUCAGGCUCGUCGCCCAGGAACCUGCAGCUCAACGCUCUGCAGGAGACGGGCUUCAUCGAGUACAUGGACCCGGGCACCUGGUACCUGGCGCUGUACAACGACGGCAAGAAGAUGGAGCAGGUCGUUCUCCUCGGCACUACUAUAGAUUCCAUGGACGGAUGCUCCUCCAACUGUAAUGGGAACGGUGAGUGUGUCGCAGGCCACUGUCACUGCUUCGCUGGCUUUCUUGGACCCAACUGUGAGAAAGACACCUGCCCGGUGCUGUGCAGUGGGAACGGCGAGUAUGAAAAAGGGCGCUGCGUGUGCCACGAAGGCUGGAAAGGGCCGGAGUGCAGCAUCCAAGAAGACCAGUGCGUGGACCCCACCUGCUCCAACCACGGAGAGUGCGUCCAGGGCAUCUGCAUCUGCAUCCCCACCUACAAAGGGAACAACUGUGAGCAAGUGGACUGCCUGGAUCCCCAGUGCGCGGGGCAUGGUGUGUGUGUGAAAGGCGAGUGCCUGUGUUCGCCAGGCUGGGGUGGCAUGAGUUGUGAGAGCCCGCUGCCCGCCUGCCAGGACCAGUGCUCCGGCCAUGGCACCUACAUGCCUGAGAGUGGAACCUGCGUCUGCGAGCCCAACUGGACUGGAUCAGACUGCUACAUAGAGCUGUGCCCAGUGCCCUGUGGUAGUCACGGCGUGUGUUCGGAGGGUCGAUGCCAGUGUGAGGAGGGCUGGGAGGGUGCGGCCUGUGACCAGCGGGCAUGCCACCCUCGCUGUGAGGAACACGGCCAGUGUGUGGACGGCAAGUGCCAGUGCCAGCCUGGAUGGGAGGGUGAACACUGCACCAUUGCCCAUGAUUUAGAUGUGGUGGUAAAAGAUGGCUGCCCGGGGCUGUGUAAUGGGAAAGGCCGCUGUACUCUGGAGCAGAGCGGGUGGCGCUGCGUGUGUCAGGCGGGCUGGAGCGGUCCUGGCUGCAACAUGGUGACCGAGCGCGAGUGUGACGACAACGCCGACAACGAUGGAGAUGGCCUGAUAGACUGUGUGGAUCCAGACUGUUGUCAGCAGGGAAGCUGCAGUAAUAAGCCCCUCUGCCAGGGCGCUCCCGACCCCCUCGCCCUGCUCCAGCAGAGCCACAGCCAGCCGCCCUCCACCCCUCUGCCCACACAUACCUUCUUCCAGCGCGUCCGCUUCCUCCUGGGCAAAGCCGGCACACACACUCUGCACGGAGACGUCCCCUUUGACAGCAGCCAAGCAGCGGUGGUUCGGGGACAGGUGGUGGCGGUGGACGGUGCUCCUCUGGUGGGGGUCAACAUCACCUUCCUUCAACGCCCGGAAUACGGCUUCACCAUCAGUCGGCAGGACGGCAGUUUUGACCUGGUGGCAGUCGGGGCUAUCUCCGUAACCUUGGUGUUCCAGAGACCACCGUUUCUGACCCAGAGACGCACCGCCUGGCUGCCCUGGAAUAACUUCCUGGUGCUGGACAAGGUGGUCAUGUCUCGAGUGGAGGUUACACCCCAAACCUGCGAUGUGAAGAACUUUAUUAGCCCGUAUCCCAUCAUGCUGCCCUCCCCGCUCACCAGAUACACCGGAGAGUGCGCUCUCAGAGGACCAGUCAUCCCGGAACUACAGGCUGUUCAGGAGGAGAUCUUGAUUCCGGGCAGUUUUGUGAAGCUCAGUUAUCUCAGCACUCGAGCAGCCGGGUAUCAGUCCCUGCUGCGCAUCAUCCUCACCCACGCCGUCAUUCCCCCGGGUCUCAGCAAGGUCCACGUCUCUGCUGUUAUAGAGGGCCGGCAGUACCAGAAGUGGUACCCAGCAGCCCCGGGACUGGUCUACGUCCUGGCCUGGAAUAAAACGGACAUCUACGGCCAGGAGGUCUGGGGCCUGACGGAAGCUACCGUGUCUGUGGGAUAUGAGUAUGAAUCUUGCCCAGACUUCGUUCUGUGGGAGAGGAGGAGCGCUCUAAUCCAGGGCUUCGAGAUGAUGGGCUCCAACUUGGGUGGAUGGACCUUGGACAAGCACCACGUUCUGAACGUGCAAAGCGGUAUCUUACAUAAAGGAAACGGAGAGAACAUCUUCAUCUCCCAGCAGCCUCCAGUCAUCAGCACAGUGAUGGGAAAUGGGUACUACCGAACCAUCCCCUGCCCAGGCUGCAGCGGCCCGGCGUUGGAGGGGAAGCUCUUUGCCCCGGUUGCUUUGGCCUGUGGUUCUGAUGGCAGCAUCUACGUGGGCGACUUCAAUUUCGUGCGCAGGAUCCUUCCUAGUGGCUACACCUACAACAUCCUGGAGCUGAAGAACCGGGACACGAGACACAGCACCAGCCCAGCCCAUAAGUAUUACCUGGCCAUGGACCCGGUCACCGAGGCUCUGUACCUGUCGGACACGAGCAGCAGGAGGGUUUACAGGCUGAAGACUCUGAGCGAGCCCAAAGAUCCGGCCAAGAACAUGGAGGUGGUCGCAGGGACGGGGGAGCAGUGCCUGCCAUUCGACCAGAGUCACUGCGGAGAGGGAGGAAAAGCCACGGCGGCGUCGCUCAAUAACCCCAGAGGUAUCGCAGUGGACAAGCGGGGAUUUGUGUACUUUGUGGACGGGACCACCAUUCAGAAGAUCAAUGAGCGAGGAGUGCUCACCACCUUCAUCGGCUCCAACGGCCUGAUGUCUACCCAGCCUCUCAGCUGCGACGCCCGCAUGGACAUAACACAGGUGCGUCUGGAAUGGCCGACAGACUUGGCCAUCAAUCCCAUGGACAACUCCCUCUACAUCCUGGACAACAACAUCGUGCUGCAGGUGUCUGAAAGCCUGGAAGUGCGAAUCGUAGCUGGGCGUCCAAUCCACUGCCAAGUCCCCGGCCUUGACCACUUCCUUCUCAGCAAAUCGGCGGUCCACUCCACGCUGGAGGCGGCCAAGGCCAUCGCUGUUUCCCAUCAAGGGCUGCUGUACAUCGCGGAGACGGACGAGCGCAAAAUCAACCGCAUCCAGCAGGUCACCACCAACGGGGAGAUCUCUGUCGUGGCCGGUUCUCCCACCGACUGCGACUGCAAGAUCGACCCCAACUGCGACUGCUUCUCCGGUGACGGAGGCUACGCCCGCGAUGCACGGCUGGAGGCGCCUUCCUCGCUGGCGGUGGCGCCCAACGGCACGCUCUACAUCGCCGACCUGGGCAACAUCCGCAUCCGUGCCAUGAGUGCCAACCGGCCGCAACCCAACGCCGCUGGACUGUUCGAGAUCGCCUCGGUCGUGGACCAGGAGCUGUACAUGUUCAGUCUGAACGGCACACAUCUCCACACCAAGCACCUGAUCACCGGAGACUACCUGUACAACUUCAGCUACUCUGCCGACGGCCAGCUGAGCGCCGUGGUUGGCCGCGACGGCAGCGCCGUGCACGUGAGGCGAGACGCCAACGGCCUGCCGCUCUGGCUGGUAGCACCCAGGGGCCAGGUGCACUGGCUCACCGUCAGCAACAGCCGAGUUCUUAAGAGGAUCUCGGCCCAAGGCCACGACAUUGCCCAGCUCACUUAUCACGGCAGCACCGGUCUCCUAGCAACCAAGAGCGAUGAGAACGCCUGGACCACGGUCUAUGAGUACAACAGUGAAGGACACAUCAUCAAUGUCACCUUUCCGACCGGAGAAGUCAGCAGUUUCCACGGCAACAUGGAGAAGUCGGUGCGGGUGGAAGUCGACAGCUCGAACUCGGAGAACUUUGUCACGGUCACCAACUUCUCCUCUUCCGACACCAUUUUCACAUUCCGCCAAGAUCAUGCUCAGAACACGUACCGCGUGAGCUCGGACGGCUCUUUCCACGUGACCUUUGCGAGCGGGAUGGACGUGGCCCUCAGCACGGAGCCGCACCUGACGGCCGGAGCGGUCAACCCGUCGGUCAGCAAGUGUAACAUCACGCUGCCCAGCGAGCACAGCCCCAGCCUCAUCGAGUGGAGGCAGAGACGAGAGCAGGCCAAGAGCAACCACACGGCCUACGAGCGCAGGCUUCGGGCUCAUAACAGAAAUCUGCUGUCCAUAGACUUUGACCAGGCCACUCGUGUGGGCAAGAUUUAUGAUGACCAUCGCAAGUUUACCCUCAGGAUUCUGUACGAUCGUCUGGGCCGGCCCAUUUUGUGGUCUCCCAGUAGCAAAUACAACGAGGUGAACGUGACCUACUCGGCCGCGGGCCUCGUCACCAACAUCCAGCGAGGAAACUGGUCUGAAAGACUGGAGUAUGAUAACGGCAGGGUGGUGUCCAGGGCAUGGAUCAACGGCAAGAUCUGGAGCUACUCAUUCGUGGAAAAGUCUGUUAUGCUCCUGCUGCACAGCCAGCGCAGAUACAUCUUUGAGUACGACCAGACAGACCGAUUAUUGGCCGUUACCAUGCCCAGCAUGGUGCGUCACAGCCUGCAAUCAAUGCUGUCAGUGGGCUACUACAGGAACAUAUACAGCCCUCCAGACAGCAAGGCCUCCAUCAUCCAGGACUUCGCUCGAGACGGUCGUCUGCUGCAGAUGCUGUACCUGGGCACGGGCAGGCGGGUGCUCUACAAAUACACCAAGCAGGCCCGCCUCUCCGAGAUCAUUUACGACACCACCCUGGUCACCUUCACCUACGACGACUCGUCCGGCAUGAUCAAAACCAUCCACCUCAUGCACGACGGCUUCGUCUGCACCAUCAGAUACAGACAAACAGGUCCUCUUGUUGGUCGUCAGAUCUUCAGAUUCAGCGAGGAAGGGCUGGUUAACGCUCGGUUUGACUACAGCUACAACAAUUUCCGUGUUACCAGCAUGCAGGCCAUGAUCAACGAGACCCCUCUUCCCAUUGAUCUGUACCGCUACGUUGAUGUAUCCGGUCGCGUUGAGCAGUUCGGCAAGUUUAGCGUCAUCAACUACGAUCUCAACCAAGUCAUCACCACCCACGCCAUGAAGCACACCAAGAUAUUCAACGCCUAUGGCCAGGUGAUCGAGGUCCAGUACGAGAUACUCAAGUCAAUCGCCUAUUGGAUGACGGUGCAGUAUGACAACAUGGGGCGCACCGUGAUCUGCGACAUCCGAGUCGGGGUUGAAGGCAACAUCACGCGAUACUCUUACGAGUACGACGCCGACAGCCAGCUCCAGACGGUUCUGAUGAACGAUCGGCCUCAAUGGCGCUACAGCUACGACCUCAACGGCAACAUCAACCUCCUCAGCCACGGCACCAGCGCUAGGCUAACGCCGCUACGCUACGACCUCCGCGACCGCAUCACCAGACUCGGAGAGAUACAGUACAAAAUGGACGAGGACGGUUUCCUCCGCAUGAGGGGGAACGACAUGUUCGACUACAAUUCCAACGGACUCCUGGCGAAGGUCUACAACAAGGUCACGGAGGAGAGCGUCUACUACCGCUACGACGGCCUUAGCAGACGCGUGGCCAGCAGGACCAGCGGCGGGCAGCACCUGCAGUUCUUCUACGCCGACCUGGCCAAUCCCACCAGGGUCACGCACAUGUACAAUCACAGCAGCUCGGAGAUCACCUCCCUCUAUUACGACCUGCAGGGUCACAUCAUCGCCAUGGAGCUCAGCAGCGGAGAGGAAUACUACGUGGCCUGCGAUAACACCGCCACUCCACGAGCCAUCUUCAGCAGCCGAGGGAAAAUCGUCAAGGAGAUCCUUUACACUCCGUACGGAGACAUAUAUCAAGACUCCAACCCUUCCUUCCAGCUGAUCAUCGGUUUCCACGGUGGGCUUUACGAUCCCGCCACGAAGCUGAUCCAUUUCGGACGGAGGGACUACGACGUGGUGGCGGGGAGAUGGACCACACCCGACUACAGCUUGUGGACUGAGCUCAGCGCCGACCCCAAGCCUUUUAACCUGUACGCGUUUAAGAACAACUGCCCUGUGGGGAACAUUGAGGAGGUCACUCAGUUUACUACAGAUAUCGGCAGCUGGCUCCAGCUGUUCGGGUUCCAGCUUCAUAACAUUGUGCCUGGAUUUCCUAAGCCUGACGUGGCUGGCAUGGAACAAACCUAUGAGAUGAUGAAGACCCAGACCAAAACUCAGGACUGGGACGCCAGUAAAGUGGUUCUGGGUAUUCAGUGCGAGCUCCAGAGACAGCUUCGGACCUUCAUCUCCCUCGACAGGCUUCCUAUGAUUCCUCCUGUCGGACGCCUGCAGCAGUGCUUGGACCAGACACCGCGCUUCUCCACCCUCUCCUCCAUUUUCGGCAAGGGCAUCAAGUUCGCCAUCCGUAACGGAGUGGUGACGGCGGACGUCAUCGGCGUGGCCAACGAGGACAGCCGUCGCAUGGCCGCCAUCUUGCACGGCGCCGUGUACCUGGUGGGCCUCCACUUCACCGUGGACGGGCGAGACACGCACCACUUCGUCAAGCUGGGGCCGCUGGAGGAGGACCUGGCCGUCAUGAGCAGCGGCGGCGGCGGCGGGCGAAUCCUGGAGAACGGCGUCAACGUGACGGUCUCGCAGAUGACCUCGUCGGCUGGCGGCAGGACCAGGCGCUUAGCCGACAUCCAGCUGCAGCAGGGGGCGCUGUGCUUGAACGUGCGAUACGGCGCCUCGGCCGAGGAGGCCAAGGAGCACGUGCUGGAGCUGGCCAGGCAGCGGGCGGUGGAGCAGGCGUGGGCGCGGGAGCAGGGCCGGCUGCUGGACGGGGAGGAAGGCAGCCGGCCGUGGACGGAGGCCGAGACGCAGCAGCUACUUUCCGCCGGUAAGGUGGCCGGCUACGACGGCUAUUUCGUCCUGUCCGUGGAGCAGUACCUGGAGCUGGCGGAUAGUGCCAACAACAUUCACUUCAUGAGACAAAGCGAGAUAGGCCGGAGGUAACACUGGUCACGCCCACACCCGCUGGCCCCCAUCACCAAAGACUGCCUGUUUCUAGAUCGAUUUGUUGAUUUAUUGUACUGUUUCUACGAUUACGAAAAAGAUUACGAGAUCAGGGGAGCAAAACCCCAUCUGCCUUUAAUUGUGACAAAAUGAUGGUAUUUUAUUAUUGUUCCAGGUGGAGUUUCUAAAGUGGCACAAGCCUUCCUGUUUUUUUUUCUUUGUUUGUUUUUUUUUCGUUCUGUUUUUCCGUUUAGAUUUUUCUAUAUAUUUUUUCUCUUUUUCUCUUUUUUGCUGUGGCUUAGCUUUUUCUAUGGAGGUAAUCAUUUUUCUCUCCUCCGAGAAAGUGGUAUUGUUUCUUAACUCCUCCUCCUCCUAUUUAUGAACUCGUGGAGACGAAACGAAACAACGCCAUAGAUUUGGUAUCGUAUUAUACUACCGUGUACCAACUUUUAAAAAAAAAAUACAAAGAGGAGCUGUUUUUUUUUUCAUAUUGGUUGUCGGCACUACAUAGUACACCUCAGCGUAAUAUAGUUUACAUUCUGUGCAAGAGAGGCCUUGUCAAUUAAUCAUGAACGAUGAACGAACGAGCUGCACAUGUUCUUGUUCUUGGAACAUGGAGACUGAGAACUUCCUGCUGAAAAGUGAAUUAAAAAUUAGGUUACGUUAUAUAAAAAAAAAAAAAAAUACGAAAAACUGCUGUCAUAAAACGGAUAUUGUAUAUAAGCACUUGAAAACAAUGUACAUAGAUAGUGCUUUAAAGAAAAAAAGGAAAGUGCUAAAGAUUUUAAAUAUGUUGUCAUCCAUACUGAAGUGUUAAUAUCAUUAAUGACUAGAUGCAGAAAUGUUUUUUCCAAGAAAUUAUGAUACAUGCUAUGAAACUAUCUGCCCUGGAUCUCUGAGUAUAAGGAGCUCAUUAAAGGUAUUAUGUGUA